AUGAGAGUAAGGAAGCGUACUUCAAAGAGAACAUCCACUCGUAUGAGAGAGGGUAUUAAAAAGAAAGCAACUGCCCAAAGAAGAAAGGAAAGAAAGCAUGCUAAGACUGAUCCAACAUGGAAAUCAAGACACAAGAAAGAUCCUGGUAUUCCAUCUAGCUUUCCAUACAAGGCCAAAAUUCUUGAAGAAAUCGAAGCUAAAAAACAGAAAGAUUUAGAGAUGAAGGAAUUAGCUAAGCAACAAAGACUUCAAGCUAGGCAAGAAGCUCUCAAAGCGGGCGAUGAUAUCAUGGAAGAAGACGAAUUUGCAGACGACGGUCAGGAUGGUUUGGCUGCUUUAGUUGCAUCAGCUCAACAAGCUGCAGCGGAAUAUGAAGGCGUACCAAAUCAAGCGGUGGAUACUCAGAUUGAUGAAAACGAUAUUGUGGACUACGAUAUUAAUUUCUAUGACGAGGAAAGUACAGAUUCAGAACUUGAAAAAUCCCGUAAGGCAUAUGAUAAAAUCUUCAAAACCGUAGUUGAUGCUUCUGAUGUUGUCCUAUAUGUUUUGGAUGCAAGAGAUCCAGAAGGUACGAGAUCCAGAAAGGUGGAAGAAGCUGUCCUUCAAAGUCAAGGGAAACGUUUGAUUCUUAUUUUGAAUAAGGUCGAUUUAGUUCCUCCAUACGUUUUAGAGCAAUGGUUAAACGUCUUGAAGUCCAGCUUCCCAACAAUUCCAUUACGUGCAUCUCCUGGUGCCACUACUGGAACUUCUUUCAAUAAGAAACUAACUCAAUCAGUCACCGCUUCCGCAUUAUUGGAAGCAUUGAAAACAUAUUCUAACAACUCUAACUUAAAGAGAUCUAUCGUUGUUGGUGUUAUUGGCUAUCCAAAUGUUGGUAAAUCUUCGGUUAUCAAUGCGAUAGUUUCCCGCCGUGGCGGUCAGUCAAAGGUUUGUCCAGUAGGUAACCAAGCUGGGGUGACAACUUCAUUAAGAGAAGUCAAAAUCGAUAAUAAAUUAAAGAUUCUAGAUUCACCAGGUAUCUGUUUCCCAACUGAAAACAAGAAGAAAACUAAAACAGAGCAGGAAGCAGAGUUAGCUCUUCUGAACGCAUUACCACCCAAAUAUAUUGUUGAUCCAUAUCCUUCUGUUCUUAUGUUAAUCAAGAGACUCUCUAAGUCGGAUGAAAUGACUGAUAGUUUCAAAAAGUUCUACGAGCUACCCCCAAUCCCAUCAAAUGAUGCCGACACAUUUACAAAACAUUUCCUAAUUCAUGUUGCUCGUAAGAGAGGAAGAUUGGGAAAAGGCGGUGUUCCAAAUUUAGCAAGCGCCGGUAUUUCUGUCUUGAAUGAUUGGAGGGAUGGUAAAUUCUUGGGUUGGGUUUUACCAAAUGCUUCUAAGUAUGCUACAAAUGAAAUUAGUGGUACACCGAUUGAAAAAGGAAACGCAGCAGCAUCUCCUAAAACGGUGGAAGAAACUACUAUCGUUUCUAGCUGGUCGAAGGAGUUUGAUCUAGACAGUUUAUUCGGUACACUUGACAGUGCUAUUCAUUCAGCUGCUGAAAAUGACGUGCAGAUGAAUUAA